AUGGCAGAACCUCCCUUUACAGAACAACAGCCUUUCUUCAAUAGCAGCACUGAGUGUCUGGGCCACAUACACCCGGCAGCCACCCAGCCCACAGCUACCCAGCCCACAGCCACCCAGCCCACAGCUACCCAGCCCACAGCCACCCAGCCCACAGCUACCCAGCCCACAGCCACCCAGCCAACAGCCACCCAGCCCACAGCCACCCAGCCCACAGCUACCCAGCCCACAGCCACCCAGCCCACAGCCACCCAGCCCACAGCCACCCAGCCCACAGCCACCCAGCCCACAGCUACCCAGCCCACAGCCACCCAGCCCACAGCCACCCAGCCCACAGCCACCCAGCCCACAGCGACCCAGCCCACAGCCACCCAGCCAGCCCACAGCUACCAGCCACCCAGCCCACAGCCACCCACCCACAGCAGCCCACAGCCACCCAGCCCACAGCUACCCAGCCCACAGCCACCCAGCCCACAGCCACCCAGCCCACAGCCACCCAGCCCACAGCCACCCAGCACAGCCACCCAGCCCACAGCUACCCAGCCCACAGACACCCAGCCCACAGCCACCCAGCCCACAGCUACCCAGCCCACAGCCACCAAGCCCACAGCCACCCAGCCCACAGCUACCCAGCCCACAGCCACCCAGCCCACAGCCACCCAGCCCACAGCUACCCAGCCCACAGCCACCCAGCCCACAGCUACCCAGCCCACCCACAGCCACCCAGCCCACAGCUACCCAGCCCACAGCCACCCAGCCCACAGCUACCCAGCCCACAGCCACCCAGCCCACAGCCACCCAGCCCACAGCCACCCAGCCCACAGACACCCAGCCCACAGCUACCCAGCCCACAGCCACCCAGCCCACAGCCACCCAGCCCACAGCUACCCAGCCCACAGCCACCCAGCCCACAGCCACCCAGCCCACAGCUACCCAGCCCACAGCCACCCAGCCCACAGCCACCCAGCCCACAGCCACCCAGCCCACAGCUACCCAGCCCAUAGCCACCCAGCCCACAGCCACCCAGCCCACAGCCACCCAGCCCACAGCUACCCAGCCCACAGCCACCCAGCCCACAGCCACCCAGCCCACAGCCACCCAGCCCACUAUUAA